CAAAAACUGACCUGUUUGAGAAGACGACAUUUCCGCUGCAUGCUUGCAUGUAAAGUCACUGAAGCGUGAACUUUUGGCGUUCGUGCUGAAGCUCUUUAUGAGAAGUGUAAGUGUUGCAUUCCUGGAGUCGAUCGGGCAAAGCGGUGAUUACAGAAUCAAAGAAACCUGCAGCUGUGAGCGGCGGCAGCGGCGGCGGCGGACGGGAGCGACGGGAAGCCGGCGUGUCGAGUCAUGUUGCUGCUGCACUCAUCGCGAGGCGUUUCCAUCCUGAUCUGAACUCUCCCGCGUGUCAUCAGCGUCUGUCGAACCAGAAACCACAGCAGAGUGGGGUCAUGCGGGCUGACGGCUCGCGCGCUCACACACACUCGCCCUCAAGAUGCUGCAGAGCGCCGCUUCCAGAAGUGAAAGAACCCCUCUGACGAGAGCCAGACGGUGGCUGCUGUUUUUGAUGCUGGUCCUCAUGAUGGGAGCGGCGGCGAUUGUCUUCUACGAUCCCAGCCAGCAGCUGUCCUGGGCCUCCAGCGUCUGGGAAGCCCGGCCAUGGUCGGACCAGCCACAGGACGGCGAGGACACUUCAGACAGCAGGUACUUUGUGGAAUACCCACACCAGUACCGCUUCAUACUGGACGAACCCGACAGAUGUCUCCAGGAAAGCCCGUUCCUGGUCCUGGUGAUCCCGGUGGACCCUCACAACAGAGAGGCCCGCGACGCCAUCCGCAACACGUGGGGGAAAGAAACCAGCGUGCUGAACCGAGUGGUCAGCCACUACUUCCUGCUGGGACUGUCGGCGGGAAGAGACGGGACCGAGCCCGUGGAGGACGCAGUUUUAGAGGAAAGCCGGGAACACCAUGACAUCCUCCAGAGUGACUUCUUGGACAGCUACCACAACCUCACCAUUAAGACCAUGGUGAUGUUCGAAUGGCUCAGUACUCAUUGCCCCAACACCUCCUACGCCAUGAAGGUCGACUCGGACAUAUUCCUGAAUGUGCACAAGCUGGUGGACAUGCUGCUGACAGCCCCCCAGCGGCGCUACGUGACGGGGCUGGUGGCCCGGGGGGCUUUGGUUCUCCGAUUCCAUCAGUCCAAGUGGUUCGUGCCCGCCUCCGUCUUCCCCGACCCCGUGUACCCGCCGUACGUCCUGGGACUGGGCUACGUGUUCUCGCUGGAUCUAACCAGGGCCAUCCUGGAGGCGGCGCCGCACGUCAGGGCGAUCUACAUCGAGGACGUGUACGUGGGUCUGUGCCUGAAGCACUCGGGCAUCCAGGUGACGAACCCCCCACGAGGAGGCUUGUUUCAAAGCUCCAAGCCUUUUUUAAUAGACAACUGUCACUGGACGUCGGUCAUCACCACAAUAAUGGACAGUUCCAAAGAACUGCUGGACGUGUGGGAAACAUACGAGCGCCAGCGAGAGGGGGGCUGCUGACCCGUCUCUGGCUGCUUUUAGAGACACACCCUGAACGGCACGGAACCACACACUGUUUACAUUCUGCGGCGCUGCCUCAGAGGCGUUCAGGCCCUGUGAGGGUAAAUCAGGGAUUACUCUGAGGAUUACUGAGGCUACCAGGUAGACACGGACUCGCUGCAGAGAUGAACAUCGGAGCUUGACAGUUUGUUGUCAGGAUCUCCACGGCGUGCUGGGACACUGACGAGGUGGGGAUGGAUGAGGAUUGUCUCCCUGCCUCUGGUGGUGUUUGUGGAGCUCACCACUCCUGGAUUUUAGAAAGAAACCGUUAUUUUAGCCCCACGAUGCGCAGGAAUCCGCUCUGCUCCCCGCGCUGAGGCGGUGAGAGGCCGGGCGCUCGUGUUGGCGGAGACGUGUUUAUUGACUGAACAAAGGGAAGUGUUAGAAACCCGUCCUCCGCUGCACGCUAUGUGGUUUUGGUGUCUGCAGACGUGUACCAGCACGGCUCUGCAUACCCUGGGAAAACUACACAACCCCCCCUUAACAUGUUGCACCACUUUGCAAACUAGAUUAACUGGCAGUCGUGUAACCACUUGGCUCAUUGCUCCACUUGUUUUUAAUAGAUCUCCAGAUAAUGAAGGUGAUCCUCCCACUCCUCCUCCUCUCUGCUCUCGUUUACCAAACCAAUCUCAACAACAGCUGAUUUCAUUAAAGUGUCACUUAAGUGCUUUUUUAAUGACGUUUAAAGUCGUUAUCUCCAAAAAUGAUUUGCAAUAAACUGUCUUGGUUUGAUGGAUUUGAAUAAAUUAUAAAUCUGCCACUUUUUCACUCAAAUUUAUACAGUUGGUUCAAAGUUAAAAUCCUAAAUCUCAGUGUCCGUUGGCAUUUUACUGUAUGAUAACUGGCUUAUUUAUGUUUUUGUAAAUAUGUUUCUUUAAAGGUUCAUGAUGAAACCUGUGUGUGUGUGUGUGUGUGUGUGUGUGGUUUUUUUUCUAAGGAAUGAAAUGAAUUCAUGGGUUUUUAAUUUAUUAAUUGCAGUCGCUCACUGUUUUUUCCAUUCAAACUGAUUUUGUCUGCUGAAUGAAUCUCUGGAAAACGACGACAUGACGUUUGUUCACACAUGCUGUAUGUUGCAAGUAUCUUGAGCUGUGUGUUGUGUCUGUCGCCCCUGGUUUCCUGUGUGUUUUUGUGUGUUUGUGUAUCUGUGUGUGUGUGUGUGUGUGUGUAUGUGUGAAGCGCUGGAGCAAUGAAACUGUCAGUUUCGUCCGUUCAAUUCAUCAUUUAAACGCAGCACGCUAAUAUUAGCUUGUGUAGCAUUUAGCAGCAUGAGGCUUGAAAAAGGUGAAUAUUCUGCACAGCCGGCUCUCGCUCACAUUUUCAUACCACGGUCUGUUGGACGGAAACUUUCCGACCACCAGUCGUCUGUUUCAUCAUCACAUCCGUUCUGCUGCUUUCCUUCUUUAAAAAGCUUUGGUUUCAUAUAGAAACACACACGCACACACACACACACACACACACAGAUAAAAACACACAAUGAGCUGGGUCAACACGUUUUAAUGGAGGUUUUUCUCUCCCUCGUUCUUCAGCUGCGCACCUGUCACGUGGAAAAAUCCAAACCACAGAAAAACAGGUUUGAAUUGAUUCCUGAAUUAAGAUUACUUUGAUCAUCUUUAAUGCACUGGAAGGUGAACGUAACUCCACCAGGCAAUGAGGCUUGUAUGUUACAUGAUGUAUAUUUGAUUCACUCAGAAGUGUUUUGUUUAAAAAUGCAGUCAAAAUAGCCGUUGUACUGGCUGCACUGAUAAAAAAAAUCCUCAAAGUUUACUAAAAAAAAAUCAACUUGUUGCAUAAUUUAUUUGUGUUUAUCAAGUCAGAUUGUUCUUUUAUUUUUUUUUUACACUUAAAGAAUUACAGUGUUUUGCAUUGUGAUAUAAUAGUGACUUUUUACUGGAUGUAAAAUCAAAUCAAAUUAUAAAAUUUGAUUUGAUUUUUACUACGUAGAUGUAUUUGUGUAACGAUCCAAACUUGAAUUUUUAUUGUUGAUUUCACCGAUUCAGUUAAGCGUGAUUUACUUGUCAUUCAUUCAGAUUCGUUUGUUGUUACAUUCUGGGGCAGGUUAAAAUAUUUCCCCCCUAAUAGUGUCAUAAUUCUAUUAGAUCAUAGAGUGAGUCAAUAAUUCCUCUAUUUCCUGUGUUUUCUUACCAAAAUAAAGCAAAAUGUCCGUUUGGUCACUUCAAGUUGUGCUCAAGUGACUCUUUUUGUGAAAGUGUGUGUAAAUAGUGAGCGGAGUGUGUGAUCCACUUCAUGUCUUUGUUCAGUUCUGUCCGGAAGACUUGAAGGAACAUUUUCUGCUGUUUUAAUUCGUAUUCCAUACGAAAUACAUUCUGUCUGAUACAAUUCACGAUUGAUUUGUUCUUUCCUAUUCAAGGAGAAAUUUGCUAUUCAGACACUGAAGCGACGCUUCCAGCAGCCGUCGGCGCUUCCUGUCACUGUGAAGCAGAACCGGACUGUUCUCCCACUAGUGGAGAGCGUGAGCUGCCGUCAGACCGCCCUGAGACAGGUUCGCUUCACCCUGCUGGUGACGUGUU